CCCGGCACCGGCAGGGCUCAGAGGCGCGGCGGCGCACGGGCAGUCCGCUCUGACGCGCGCGGGUCCUUCCUCCUCGCCGGCCCUCGCCUCCUCCCUACACCUGGGCGGGGAGCGGCGCCGCGAGGCCUCCUCCCCCGGCGCUCGCAACUCCUGCCCGGCCGCAGCUGCGCCGCCGCCGCGGGAGUAAAGGUCGCGCCGCCGGGAGGGAGCUGGGAGCGAGCCGGCCGAGGAACCUCCGGGAAGCCGGCCCGGCAGGUCGCGGAAGAACGAGAAGAGCGAGAAACUCCAGGCCAGCCCGGGAACAUGGCGCUAGGCGGGCUGGCAGCGGACUGAGAGCCGCGGGGCAGCGAGGAGCCGGGGCCCGAGCCCCGCCCGGCCCGAGCCAUGUCGGUGGGCGAGCUCUACAGUCAGUGCACGAGGGUCUGGAUCCCUGACCCUGAUGAAGUGUGGCGCUCCGCUGAGUUAACCAAGGACUACAAAGAAGGAGACAAGAGCCUGCAGCUCAGACUGGAGGAUGAAACGAUUCUGGAAUACCCAAUUGACGUACAGCACAACCAGCUGCCCUUCUUACGGAAUCCAGAUAUCUUGGUGGGAGAAAAUGACCUGACUGCCCUUAGCUAUCUUCAUGAACCUGCGGUUUUGCAUAAUUUGAAGGUCCGUUUCCUGGAGUCCAACCAUAUCUACACUUACUGUGGUAUCGUGCUUGUUGCCAUUAAUCCUUAUGAACAGUUGCCAAUCUAUGGACAAGAUGUCAUCUAUGCCUACAGUGGCCAAAAUAUGGGAGACAUGGACCCCCACAUCUUUGCUGUGGCAGAAGAAGCCUACAAGCAGAUGGCCAGAGAUGAGAAGAACCAGUCCAUCAUAGUCAGUGGGGAGUCUGGAGCCGGGAAGACAGUAUCAGCCAAAUAUGCCAUGCGCUAUUUCGCCACCGUUGGUGGCUCAGCCAGUGAAACUAACAUCGAAGAGAAGGUGUUGGCAUCCAGUCCCAUCAUGGAGGCCAUUGGAAAUGCUAAGACCACCCGCAAUGACAACAGCAGCCGUUUCGGCAAGUACAUCCAGAUUGGCUUUGACAAAAGGUACCACAUCAUUGGGGCCAAUAUGAGGACCUACCUCUUGGAGAAGUCCAGAGUGGUCUUCCAGGCAGACGAUGAGAGAAACUACCACAUCUUUUACCAGCUCUGUGCUGCUGCUGGCCUUCCAGAAUUUAAAGAGCUCGCACUAACAAGUGCGGAGGACUUUUUCUAUACAUCACAGGGUGGAGACACUUCCAUUGAGGGUGUGGAUGAUGCUGAGGAUUUUGAGAAGACUCGACAAGCCUUCACACUCCUAGGAGUGAAAGAGUCCCAUCAGAUAAGCAUUUUUAAGAUCAUUGCUUCUAUCUUGCACCUUGGAAGUGUGGAGAUUCAGGCUGAGCGUGAUGGUGAUUCCUGUAGUAUAUCACCCCAGGAUGAACACCUAAGCAACUUCUGCCGACUGCUAGGGGUGGAGCACAGUCAGAUGGAGCACUGGCUGUGUCAUCGCAAGCUGGUCACCACCUCGGAGACCUAUGUCAAGACCAUGUCCCUGCAGCAGGUGAUCAAUGCACGCAACGCCCUGGCCAAGCACAUCUAUGCCCAGCUGUUCAGCUGGAUCGUGGAGCACAUCAACAAGGCCCUGCACACUUCCCUCAAACAGCACUCCUUCAUCGGGGUCCUGGACAUCUACGGGUUUGAGACAUUUGAGGUAAACAGCUUUGAGCAGUUCUGUAUCAACUACGCAAAUGAAAAGCUCCAGCAGCAGUUCAACUCGCAUGUGUUCAAACUAGAGCAAGAAGAAUACAUGAAGGAGCAGAUCCCUUGGACCCUGAUUGAUUUUUAUGAUAACCAACCUUGUAUCGACCUCAUUGAAGCCAAGCUGGGUAUCUUGGACCUGUUGGAUGAAGAAUGUAAGGUCCCCAAAGGAACUGACCAGAACUGGGCUCAGAAGCUGUAUGACCGGCACUCCAGCAGCCAGCACUUCCAGAAGCCCCGCAUGUCCAACACAGCCUUCAUCGUCAUCCACUUUGCAGACAAGGUGGAGUACCUCUCUGAUGGUUUUCUGGAGAAAAACAGAGACACGGUGUAUGAAGAGCAGAUCAAUAUCCUGAAGGCCAGCAAGUUCCCACUAGUGGCUGAUUUGUUUCAUGAUAACAAGGACCCCGUUCCUGCCACCACCCCUGGGAAGGGGUCAUCUUCGAAGAUCAACAUCCGCUCUGCCAGAACCCCCAUGAAAGUCUCCAACAAGGAGCACAAGAAAACCGUUGGUCACCAGUUCCGUACCUCCCUGCAUCUGCUCAUGGAGACCCUGAAUGCCACGACACCUCACUAUGUGCGCUGCAUCAAGCCCAACGAUGAGAAGCUCCCCUUCCACUUUGACCCAAAGAGAGCAGUGCAGCAACUCAGAGCCUGCGGGGUGUUGGAGACGAUUCGAAUCAGUGCAGCUGGCUACCCAUCCAGGUGGGCCUACCAUGACUUUUUCAACCGGUAUCGGGUGCUGGUCAAGAAGCGAGAGCUUGCCAACACAGACAAAAAGGCCAUCUGCAGGUCUGUCCUGGAGAACCUCAUCAAGGAUCCCGACAAGUUCCAGUUUGGCCGCACCAAGAUCUUCUUCCGAGCUGGCCAGGUGGCCUACCUGGAGAAGCUGCGGGCUGACAAGUUCCGGACAGCCACCAUCAUGAUCCAGAAAACUGUCCGAGGGUGGCUGCAGAAGGUGAAAUACCGCAGGCUGAAGGGGGCUACCUUAACCCUGCAGAGGUACUGCCGAGGGUACCUGGCCCGCAGGCUGGCUGAGCACCUGCGGAGGACCAGAGCAGCCGUGGUGCUCCAGAAAUACUACCGCAUGCAGAGGGCCCGCCAGGCCUACCAGAGGAUCCGCAGGGCUGCCAUCAUCAUCCAGGCCUUCACUCGGGCCAUGUUUGUGCGGAGAGCCUACCGCCAGGUCCUCAUGGAGCACAAGGCCACCAUCAUCCAGAAGCAUGUGCGGGGCUGGAUGGCACACAGGCACUUCCAGCGGCUGCGGGAUGCAGCCAUUGUCAUCCAGUGUGCCUUCCGGAUGCUCAAGGCCAGGCAGGAGCUGAAGGCCCUCAGGAUCGAGGCCCGCUCUGCAGAGCAUCUGAAACGCCUCAACGUGGGCAUGGAGAACAAGGUUGUCCAGCUACAGCGGAAGAUCGACGAGCAGAACAAAGAGUUCAAGACAUUGUCAGAGCAGCUGUCCAUGACCACGUCCACAUAUACCAUGGAGGUGGAACGGCUGAAGAAGGAGCUGGAGCACUACCAGCAGAGCCCAGGUGAGGACAGCAGCCCGAGGCUGCAGGAGGAGGUGGAGAGCCUGCGCACAGAGCUGCAGAGGGCCCACUCAGAGCGCAAGAUCCUGGAAGAUGCCCACAGCAGGGAAAAGGAUGAGCUGAGGAAGCGAGUUGCAGACCUGGAGCAAGAAAAUGCUCUCUUGAAAGAUGAGAAAGAACAGCUCAACAACCAAAUCCUGGGCCAGUCUAAAGAUGAAUUUGCCCAGAAUUCUGUGAAGGAAAACCUCCUGAUGAAGAAAGAGCUGGAGGAGGAGCGAUCCCGGUACCAGAACCUUGUGAAGGAAUAUUCACAGUUGGAGCAGAGAUACGACAACCUUCGGGAUGAGAUGAGCAUCAUAAAGCAAACUCCAGGUCAUAGACGGAACCCAUCAAACCAAAGUAGCUUAGAAUCUGACUCCAAUUACCCCUCCAUCUCCACAUCUGAGAUUGGAGACACUGAGGAUGCCCUCCAGCAGGUGGAGGAAAUCGGCCUGGAGAAGGCAGCCAUGGACAUGACGGUCUUCCUGAAGCUGCAGAAGAGAGUACGGGAGCUGGAGCAGGAGAGGAAGAAGCUGCAAGUGCAGUUGGAGAAGAGAGAACAGCAGGACAGCAAGAAAGUCCAGGCGGAACCACCACAGACUGACAUAGAUUUGGACCCGGAUGCAGAUCUGGCCUACAAUAGUCUGAAGAGGCAAGAGCUGGAGUCAGAGAACAAGAAGCUGAAGAAUGACCUGAAUGAGCUGAGGAAAGCCAUAGCUGAUCAGGCCACACAGAACAACUCCAGCCAUGGCUCCCCAGACAGCUACAACCUCCUGCUGAACCAGCUCAAGCUGGCCCACGAGGAGCUCGAGGUGCGCAAGGAGGAGGUGCUCAUCCUCAGGACCCAGAUCGUGAGCGCCGACCAGCGGCGACUCGCCGGCAGGAACACGGAGCCGAACAUUAAUGCCAGAGCAAGUUGGCCUAACAGUGAAAAGCAUGUUGACCAGGAGGAUGCCAUUGAGGCCUAUCAUGGGGUCUGCCAGACAAACAGCAAGACUGAGGAUUGGGGAUAUUUAAAUGAAGAUGGAGAACUCGGCUUGGCCUACCAAGGCCUAAAGCAAGUUGCCAGGCUACUGGAGGCUCAGCUGCAGGCCCAGAGCCUGGAGCAUGAGGAGGAGGUGGAACGUCUCAAGGACCAGCUGGAGGCCCUGAAGGAGGAGAUGGAAAAACAGCAGCAGACCUUCUGCCAAACGCUACUGCUCUCCCCAGAGGCCCAGGUAGAAUUUGGCGUCCAGCAGGAGAUAUCCCGGCUGACCAAUGAGAAUCUGGACCUUAAAGAACUGGUAGAAAAGCUGGAAAAGAAUGAGAGGAAGCUCAAAAAACAACUGAAGAUUUACAUGAAGAAAGUCCAGGACCUAGAAGCUGCCCAGGCAUUGGCCCAGAGUGAGAGGAAGCGCCAUGAGCUCAACAGGCAAGUCACAGUCCAGCGGAAAGAGAAGGAUUUCCAGGGCAUGCUGGAGUACCACAAAGAGGACGAGGCCCUCCUCAUCCGAAACCUGGUGACAGACUUGAAGCCCCAGAUGCUGUCGGGUGCCGUGCCCUGUCUCCCCGCCUACAUCCUCUACAUGUGCAUCCGGCACGCAGACUACACCAACGACGAUCUCAAGGUGCACGCCCUGCUGACCUCCACCAUCAACGGCAUUAAAAAAGUCCUGAAGAAGCACAAUGAUGACUUUGAGAUGACAUCAUUCUGGUUAUCCAACACCUGCCGCCUUCUUCACUGUCUGAAGCAGUACAGCGGGGAUGAGGGCUUCAUGACUCAGAACACUGCAAAGCAGAAUGAACACUGUCUUAAGAACUUUGACCUCACCGAAUACCGUCAGGUGCUGAGUGACCUUUCCAUUCAGAUCUACCAGCAGCUCAUUAAAAUUGCGGAGGGCAUGUUACAGCCGAUGAUAGUUUCUGCCAUGUUGGAAAAUGAGAGCAUUCAGGGUCUAUCUGGUGUGAAGCCCACCGGCUACCGGAAACGCUCUUCCAGCAUGGCAGAUGGGGAUAACUCAUACUGCCUGGAAGCUAUCAUCCGCCAGAUGAAUGCCUUUCAUACAGUCAUGUGUGACCAGGGCUUGGACCCUGAGAUCAUCCUGCAGGUAUUCAAACAGCUCUUCUACAUGAUCAAUGCAGUGACUCUUAACAACCUGCUCCUACGGAAGGAUGUCUGCUCUUGGAGCACAGGCAUGCAACUCAGGUACAAUAUAAGUCAGCUUGAGGAGUGGCUUCGGGGAAGAAACCUUCACCAGAGUGGAGCAGCUCAGACCAUGGAACCUCUGAUCCAAGCAGCCCAGCUCCUCCAAUUAAAGAAGAAAACGCAGGAGGAUGCAGAGGGCAUCUGUUCCCUGUGUACCUCCCUUAGCACCCAGCAGAUUGUCAAAAUUUUAAACCUUUAUACUCCCCUGAAUGAAUUUGAAGAACGAGUAACAGUGGCCUUUAUACGAACGAUCCAGGCACAAUUACAGGAGCGGAAUGACCCUCAGCAAUUGCUGUUAGAUGCCAAGCACAUGUUUCCUGUUUUGUUCCCAUUUAAUCCAUCUUCUCUAACCAUGGACUCAAUCCACAUCCCAGCGUGUCUCAAUCUGGAGUUCCUCAAUGAAGUCUGAAGAUGCAUGUUUCCAGCAUUAGUUUGAUUCCCAAUGUGAGCAAGAAGGAAGUAUAUACAGUAAAUUCAAGGAUCUGUUAAAUCUGAUAAAAGUAGAUCAAAUCAGAGAUUGAUAGCCUGUGGAGGGCACUGAACUAUACAGAAUUAGACACAACUAUGUCAUUAUUUUUUGUACUUACUGCUCAGAAUAAAAACAGUUGAAAUAUGGAAAAUUUUAAGUUUGAUUUUAGUCCGAUAAUACAUAACAAUUUAUAGACACCAAGCAGUCCCCAUAGCCAUAUAAAAGGUGCCAAUUCUAUAAAAUGAAGCUACCUAGUUUUGAUGUUUGCAUAUAACUGGAGAAUGUCUAAAUUAAAAUACUAAAUAUAUAUAUAAGUCACAUAAAUUGCCUUCAAAGGACUUUUAACAAAUAAUGGUACUAAUAACCAUGAUAAUGACAUAUACUGAUAUUUCCCGAAGUUUGCAAACCAUGGGUGUGGUUAUGUUUGUGGUGACAUGUUUUAAGAAUAAAAAUACAGAGAUGAACUUCUGAGAAAUGUCCCCAAAAUAUUUUUUAAUGGCUGAUUAUACAAAGACAGUGGUGUAACUGACCUCCAGACCAGACAUGUUAAGUAUCAGUUUCUGAAGCAAAAUUAGAAGUGCCAGUCCUCAGUGUGAUCAGAUGCUUUUGUGUCAUCUUGGUGUAAUGGAAGAGAUGAUUAAAAUGCUGCUAUCCCAAACUCCAAUUGAGGAAGAUGGAAAAUGUUUUUUUGUUUUUUGUUUUUUUUUCUGAUGCUAGUCCAUACACUGUCCAAGUCCCACAAAACUUUCACAAAAAUGCCUAUAAGCUAAAUAUUAGAAAAGGAUAACUUGUUUUAUUUAUAGAUGUAAAACCCAAACAAGUCAAUAUGAAAGCUUUUAAGCUCUUAAUGCCAUUAAACCUCCAGUAAGAACAUCACAUAAUCCUCUACUGUAAAACCAAUGAAAUCUUGCACAUCAGAUCAUCUGAAAAAAUCUUCAAAAAUAAUCAGUUCAGGGAUCACUAUUAUAUAAAAGUUGGGUUUUUUUUUUUUUUUCUUAAGAGAAUAAAAUGGCUUACUUAGGUCAACUUUCCCUUUUCAGGUUAUUUUCAACAUUUUUCAAAUUUUAGCAAACAAAAAUUGUAUCUCUCCUUUGAAAUAAGGAUUUUUUAAAAAGUAAUGCAGUUAUAUAACAGGCUUAGAUAUUUGCUGCUAUUAUAAUUCUUUUUUCUUUGUUUUUGGACUCUUCAAAAGCAAGUAUUUAAUUAGAAACACAUAUUCUUUCCACAAAUUUUUUUGACUGUCUUUUCCAUAUUUCUUGAUAACUGUAUGCUGUUCCCAUAAGAAGAAAUGGUGUUUGCAAAUCAUAGAAGAACAGACUCUGUAUUACAUUGAGAAAAUAAUAUUUAUCCAUGAAUUGGAAGUAGAACACCCUGCCUCCACACUCUUUUACUCAAUCACCCAACUUAAAAGGCUGUUGGAAACACAACAGACUCCAGGCUACCUUCUGUACUGUGCAAUUGGAGCACAGCUUCCUCAGUCAUUCGCCACAUCUCCUGGGGUUUAACCCAGCCUUAGCCUGGGUUAAGGCUGCUAACAGUUGUGUUCCAAUCGGUUAUUAUAGGCAUUAUCCCCUCUACAUUCACAUUAGACAUCCCAGCUUCUCUUGGGCAUCUGUAGAGCUGUGCCUUUUUCUUGCAGUUAUAGUUACAUAAUCACUGACAUCCAUGACACUCACCCAUGGAUCCACAUGCUGACUUUGUUUAGAAGGCCAAUCUAAAACAACUGGGUGUGUGGCUACCUCUAUAAAGUUGUUUGUGAAGUAUAAUUUGCUUUUUGAUGCACUUUAGUUUGAAACUGAGUCUCUUAUGUAAGAACUGUCCUUAAUUUUAAAAGACCAAAAUUGCCUUGUUAGAAUGUUAAGGACUUUUGACAUGCAGUGGUUCCACAAAUACAGUGGCUUACAGUUCUUAUAUUCUGUCUUACACCAUCAUUCUCUCCGUCUCUGUUGACCACUACUCUCUGCUGUCAGUGGUUCAUCACUAGGUGCCGAGAGCUUAUUGAAUAAAACCUUGGCAAUUAGAAUAAAUGGGGAGAGAAGGACCUUAUGAAUAGCCCAUUUGGCCUAAGAAAUGGAAGAUUUAGUUCUUCUCUUCCAAAAGAUAAAGGUAUAUAUCACUGGAAUUGUACUUAAAAUUUAUAGAUGACUAACAAAUGUAUACUUUAUAUGUACUUAAUAUUUAGAUCUGCCUUAUUUAAUACUUGGAGGCCAGAAGAAGCAUCUUUAGAGGAACUCUAUAAUCUUUUGUUAGCAUUUUCUCUGCAUUUUAAAAAGUCAUUUCAAUGCAAACACUUAUCAGUGUCAUGACAUCAGUAAUGACUCUUUAACAAUUCAACAUAAAGGCUUGAAAUCUGCAUUAGAUGUCUCUUUAAUUUUUUAGUAUUUAAAAUUUAGUUGACACUUUUCUCACCAGGUGCCUUUAGCAGUUACUAAGAUAACUGACUUGUCAAUUGUUCUCUGAAAUAAGUGUUGCUUUGGGAACAAUUUUAAUGUUCAAUGUGAUAUCAUGGUGGAGUUUUGUCUUUUAAAACAUUAGAAGCAUUUUAAAUAUUAAGAAUCAAAUAUUUAUAGAUCAAAAAACUUGUGUUUUAAGUAUUAUAAGGGAUCUGUUUACUUACAGUAAAUGUGUUGGUACACAUGAGUCAUUGCUGAAGCCGACAAGCAUAUUCCAUACAUGCGUUUUCCCUGUGCCAUCCUCAUCACAGCAGUUAGAGUGCCAGUACCUGUAGGCUUGCCUGGGAGGCAGAUUAGACCCAAAGCUAGACUUUUUCCCUUUUCCAUGAAGCAUGUCAGUGGGAGUUGCUUCCUUUGAUUUCCCUAGUACUAAAUUUUAAGACUUUAAAAAAAAAAAAAAAGCAAAAAACUAGGAACUUGGAACAUUUUUAAUAAAUUAAUGCUGCUGCCAUCAAUUCAUCAAAUACUUAGAGCCUUCAUACAUUACUAAUCAAUUAGAAUUAAUUUCUUCUGCAAAAGUAAGUUUUCAUACCCUUAAUCUACUAAGACGGCAAGGGUGUCCUAAAUUGAGGCAUUUGUAUAAUGCCUACAUAACUAAAUGGUCACUAAAAGGUGACAACAUGGGGUGAGACCUUGUAGUUCUUCAGAGAAUAUUUGUGGUAAGUUUCUCCAGUUAAUUUGCUACAUGAGCCCAAUAACCAUAAUUCACUUUUUGUACCCACUGGUGCCAUGAUUAGAGAAUUGGAGGGUGUAGACAGAGGUUAAUGCCAAUGACAAACACAGGACAGUUUUUUAUUAUUAUAAAGUUCAUUAGGUACAAAAGGUUGUUGUCCAAAAAAAAGUUUCUAAUUCUAACAAAGGGGAUCAAUCAGAAAUGAAACUAAGCUACUUUCUAAAGUGAUGUUGUUUCAGAAUAAUCCAGAUUUAAAUAUAACAUUUUGCCACCAACUGACAUUUAGAUGAAGGACUUCCUCUCCAAAAGAGUUCAGAUCAUAUUCAGGGGUGAAUCUGACACCAUAGAAGAAACACUACUGAUGAAAGUAUUUUUCCACUUUGAACAAAUCUGUAAACUACACCUUUGUUUAUAGAAAAAAAUGCUUGUAAUAGUCACUGUAAUAUUUAGCUGUGGAUAAAAAUUUGUGGAAAUAAAUACUUUUGAAUAAA